GGAACCGAGCAGAUUUUUCAAAUUAUCUAAAUGAAGUGUGUGGUGACUCAAAGGACAACAGUGCCAGGAAGGCUGGGAUUGUACAUGAUGUACACGAGUCAGUUAUGUCAAACGUGUCAAAGGUCUGGACAGGGACCUGACAUUUAAGCCGAGGCUGCCGAGGCAGCUAGAACUGGGUAGACUGGGGGAGCACGGUGGUCGGGUGGUUGGAAAGCUUGGUGGAUCAAGUAGGGUUGGCGAUAUCGUCUGAAAGAGAGAAUUCUUGACUGAGCAGUCUGACUAACAUGGAAUUCCAGGUGAAUAGUGUCAGAACUAUGACGAGGAUCCUUGCCCUCACCUGGUUCUUGGCUGCAGCAGCUCCCAGCAAUGAGCCCACGAUAACUACCAGCAAUUCGACCGUCGUUUUGCGGGGUCAAGAUGCUCUUCUGACCUGCACAGCCAAACACUUGGGCAAAGAGGUGCUGGACUGGGUGUUUGAGAUCGACGACACUCUCAUCUACCACGACCAGCAGCUGAUGGUGGACGACCCUCGCUACAGCCUCCUCCACACCAACGACAGUGACAGGUACGACUUGCGCAUCACCUCCGUGCAGGAUUCUGAUCAGGGCUCCUACAGAUGUGAAGUUUUUCUCUCGGUUGGAGUCACUAUCGACCUCGUAGUCACAGACGCUGAAGUUCCGCUGGAGCCAAGUAAGAGUUCCACCGAUCUCAUACAUGUAAAGCCAGAUCCACCCAGGAACGUGACUCUGAUCCAGACGUUCAACAACGGAAGCUACGGGAUAGUUGUCACCUGGAAACCACCCGCCGACAGACCCUGGACUGUCGCUGGUUACCGAAUCAGCUAUGCAACUAUCUUGGACAGAUGGCCUAGAUCAACCUGCCGUUCUGAGCUCAAAGUCAGAGUCUUUCACCAUCAGUCCAGUGAUCCCUAACACUCAUUACAUCUUGAAAAUGGUUUCUCUUGGUCUGCUUACAAGUAGCCUACCCACCGACACUGUGGAAAUCAUGGUGGAAGAAAGAAAUUUACCUACUGAAAAUUAUAUUAUCAACUGCUGCGAGGAACGCAAUGUACCAGAAUGGUGUAGGUCCACCUUGUGUCGCUCCAACACGUGGUCCACGUUAAACGAAUCCAGUGACUUGUUCAACGAAUGCUUGGUAGC